AUGGGUGUUUUUCCGAUUGUCAAUGAAAAUGAUACAAUUUCCAUGAUCGUAAGAAAUUCGAUUUGGAGAAAUGAUACCUUAUCAGCUAUAACAGCUGGAAUGGUAAAUGUAGACUAUUUGUUCUUGAUGACAGAUGUUGAUUGUCUAUACACGGACAACCCAAGAACAAAUCCUGACGCAAAGCCUGUUAAGGUUUACGAUUUCGUCGCCUGGAAGUUCAUUAGGAACUUGAGGAAUGGUAACAAAGCUUAUAGCAGCAGAUCUUGCAACAGCUGCUGGAGUCACAACGAUCAUAACUCGCUGAUCAACACCAAAAAAUAUCUUUCAAUCAUAGCAAAUUUAUCAAACGUAGAUGAUCAAAAUUCGGUUUCUGGUGGAUAUUACGGGUUACAUACAGCUGGUACUAUAUUAAUUGAUGAAGGUGCUAUAAAAGCUAUAACGAAUGCUGGACAAAAGAGUAGUUUAUUUGCUGCCGCUUUUGAUGAUAUGAAAGACUUUCGUCGAGCAAAACCGUUUCGCGACCCAAGAGAUGAAGGUGAGUCGGACUAUCCGGUGGCCAUCAGUUCAGGUAAAGUAUUAUUAGACGAUACCGUUGGAAACAUAUCGCCGGCGGCUUGGACAACAUGGUCAGGAGCAGCAACUUUCGAUUUUCAGAACAGCAACUAUUGA